AUGGCAAGCACCUUGACUCUGCCUGACUCUAGGACCCUGGCCUAUUCGCUAGACGUCGCGCCAAAAGACGGGCCACUGGUGAUCCUCUCCAACCCCCUCUGCGCCUCAUUCUCGCUCUGGGACCACGUCGUCAAGAUCCUCAACGAGAAUGGCUUCCGCACUCUACGUUAUGACCAGCCUGGCCAUGGAGGUUCAUCUGCGCCAAAGAAUCUAGAUGCCACCUUUGACUCAAUGGCUGACGACGUGCACCAUCUGCUGGAGUCGCUAGAAAUCAAGAAGGUCGACUCAUGGAUUGGAGUCUCCAUGGGUGCAUCGACUGGCAUCUACUUUACCACCAAGUUUCCCAACACAGUCAGCAAGCUCGCCAUCUGCGACACAAUUGCGUCGUCACCUGUCAACGCUGGUGUCGAAGAUCUCUUUGUCCAAAGAGUGGCGGCCGCCAGAGAAGCCGGCAAUCUCGAGACGACGAUCCAGGGCACCAUGGAACGCUGGUUCGGCAAAGACUGGCUGGAGAAGAACCCAGAAGAGGCUCAGCGGGUACAGACCCUCAUGUCUAAGACGACCGUGGACGGCUUCGAGACGUGCUGUAAUGCGCUCAGCAGCAAGACUUUUGAUCUACGACCUCUUCUUGGAAAGGUCGGCGAAGCAGUUGAUGAUGCCGUUGUCAUCGUGGGCCAGAAUGACGCAAAUCUGCCCGAGGUUAUGGCAGACAUGAGAACCCAGAUUGACCAAGGAUUCAAGGCGACAGGCAAGGAGAAGCUCAUUUCACUUUUUGUCAUCAGAGAUGCCGGGCAUGUUUGCUUCAUUGAUGGGCUGAAGCAGUUCGCGGAUACCAUAGUCGCGUGGUUGACGGCUGAUCAGAGGCGCCACGAGAUCGAGGCUUUGAAGUCGAAGAAGUCCUAG